AAAAUAAUUUUUUUUAGUUGAUCAAAUUAUUACCCAAAUUAUUAACACUUGAUGAUCACAAGAUUAUUUAGCAAUUAUCUGCAGCGAGCACAAGAAUGCAGAAAGAAAUGGGAAAAAAAAUAAUGUUAGAGGUGGCGCAUCCUAAUUAAAAAUUGCUAAUAUGCGCGGGUGGGCUGUCUCUCCCGGCGGCAGCCAUAGAAAGCAUCGCUCCUCUCUCUCAGUGUUGAAAGUCAAAACCAUGCAAACGCAAUUCUCCUGCAAUCCACUUGAGUGAUAGCAGAUGGCGCUCACACUUUAUACCAUCUUCACUAACAAGAAUCCCACCCCUACACACUCCCUUUUCUCCCCGACACAUUUCUCCAAAUCCCCCAAAUUAACAUUCCCGCCCCCAAAUUCGAGGACCCAUUUCCCCAAUCAUAGAUUUUUCGCGCCCCAACCCAGCCUUCUCGCCGCCGCGAGAAUCACCGAGUCAUUCCAAGAACCGUACGGAGCCUCGCAGCAGCAAGCUAACGGCAACGGUGGCGCCAAUCUCGACACUUUUCUUUCCGUUCUAGAAUUCGUCAGCCUCGCAUCGUCCGCAGCUGUUUGCUUUUAUGCCGCAGUGAGAUGCGGGCUGCAGAGGGGCGGGGGUUUGGGGUGGUUGGGGAGGAGGGUUUUGGUGUGGCAGUGUGUGGUUCUCGUGAGCGGCUUGGCUGCCGGGGCGGCGAUACGGCGGCGGCAGUGGAGGAGGAUUUGCGGCGUUGGGCUCUCGAGAGUGCCGGCUUCUCCUGCGGCUAAUUUGCUGGAUAGGGUGGAGAAACUGGAGGAAGAUUUGCGUGGCGCCGCGACGAUCGUUCAGGCGCUGUCGAGGCGGCUUGAGAAGCUCGGUAUUCGGUUCAGGCUGACUCGGAAAGCUCUCAAGGAGCCCAUUGCUGAGACAGCAUUAUUGGUCCAGAAAAACUCUCAGGCCACCCAAGCAUUGGCUGCAGAAGGAGAUGUUUUGGAGAAGGAGCUCAGUGAAAUUCAGAAGGUUCUACUUUCUAUGCAGGAGCAACAGCAAAAACAGCUCGAGCUCAUUCUUGCAAUUGGGAAAGCGGGGAAGUUGUGGGAUGGUGCCAAACGCGUAAAAACUCAAGAUCGAAAAGCACCCGAGGCUCCAAGCAACCAAAUGGAAACAAUGGCGUGGCAGAAAGAAGGCAACAACGACAGACCAUAGCCAUAGGUACUGACAGAAACAUUCGGACUGCAGAGACGACGAGCACCCUAGCCAGAAUUCCACCAAUGUUUCGAGUUGUCUAUAGCAACAUGAGCAGGAACAUAUGUAGUCUCUGCCACCAUGGAACAGGCGGUUAUAUCGUAUUGAUAAGAUGAUUUUAUGUACUCUUGUUUUGUAGAUUUUGGAAAAUCACCUUGUGUUGGGGGAAACGGUUACAAGUUGGUCUAGUUACGAAUUUUGUUAAAA